AAUUUUGCCAGAUAUCCUGAAGAAAAUUGGGAAUACCCCCAUGGUCAGAAUCAACAAGAUUGGAAAGAACUUUGGCCUGAAGUGUGAGCUCUUGGCCAAGUGUGAGUUCUUCAACGCGGGUGGGAGCGUGAAGGACCGCAUCAGCCUGCGGAUGAUCGAGGAUGCCGAGAGGGCCGGGACUCUGAAGCCGGGGGACACAAUCAUUGAGCCCACGUCAGGGAACACAGGGAUUGGGCUGGCGCUGGCUGCUGCUGUGAAAGGCUACCGCUGCAUUAUCGUGAUGCCCGAAAAGAUGAGCACCGAGAAGGUGGACGUCCUGCGUGCUCUGGGGGCUGAGAUCGUGAGGACGCCCACCAACGCCAGGUUCGACUCCCCUGAGUCACACGUGGGCGUGGCCUGGAGGCUGAAGAAUGAAAUCCCCAAUUCUCACAUAUUAGACCAGUACCGCAAUGCCAGCAACCCCCUGGCUCACUAUGAUACCACCGCUGAGGAGAUCUUGCAGCAGUGUGAUGGGAAACUGGACAUGCUGGUGGUCUCAGCUGGCACAGGUGGCACCAUCACAGGCAUCGCCAGGAAGCUCAAGGAAAAGUGUCCAGGGUGCAAGAUCAUCGGAGUGGACCCCGAGGGCUCCAUUCUUGCCGAGCCGGAGGAGCUCAACCAGACAGAUCAGACGGCCUACGAAGUAGAAGGCAUCGGCUACGACUUCCUGCCCACCGUGCUGGACCGAUCGGUGGUGGAUAAGUGGUUCAAAAGCAAUGACGAGGACUCCUUUGCCUUUGCCCGCAUGCUGAUCGCCCAGGAAGGGCUCCUGUGUGGGGGCAGUGCAGGCAGUAGCAUGUGCAUUGCCGUGAAGGCCGCCCAGGAGCUGCAGGAGGGCCAGCGCUGUGUGGUCAUCCUGCCCGACUCCGUGAGGAACUACAUGUCCAAGUUCCUGAGCGACCGGUGGAUGCUGCAAAAGGGCUUCAUGAAGGAGGAGAAAAUGAUAGUGAAGAAGCCAUGGUGGUGGCACCUCAGAGUCCAGGAGCUGAGCCUGUCGGCCCCGCUGACUGUGCUGCCCACUGUCACCUGUGAACACACCAUCGAGAUCCUCCGGGAGAAGGGCUUUGACCAGGCGCCCGUGGUCGAUGAGACGGGUAUGAUCCUGGGGAUGGUCACUCUCGGGAACAUGCUGUCAUCCCUGCUCGCUGGGAAGGUGCAGCCUUCAGACCAAGUCCGCAAGGUCAUCUACAGGCAGUUCAAACAGAUCCGCCUGACGGACCCGCUGGGACAGCUCUCGCACAUCCUGGAGAUGGACCACUUUGCCCUGGUGGUGCACGAGCAGAUUCAGUACCACAGCCAGGGGAAGUCCAGUAAGAGGCAGAUGGUGUUUGGGGUUGUCACCGCCAUCGAUUUGCUGAACUUCGUGGCUGCCCGGGAGCGGAACCAGAGGAAACUAAACCCAGGGCUGCCAGACCAGCAGUGA